AUGGCGCUGGGCGACCAGAUCCAGGGCGUCCAGGCCGAGGCCCUCCAGGCGCUCGAGCUGGAGCUCGCAGGGGAUCUAGAGAGCGCGGCUGAGGCGUAUACUAGGGCCACGACCCAGCUGCAGUACCUGCUGGACGCCCUCAAGGCGCGACAGCGGCAGCGGCAGCAGCAGCCCGGCGCUGUUGCAGCUGCCGCCGCGCCAGAACCCCUGACAGGCCCGUCGCCGCAUUGGCUCCAUGUGGAUGGGGCGGCAGCUGCGCCCCCUUACUACGAAGUCGCGUCCGCCACAUCAGCGAGCGACGGCAUACCCCUCAUCGUCGACCCCCGCGACCCGGGCGGCGCCCGCCUCAUUGCCUGCGGCGCGGGCGGAGCAGCAGCGCUGGACUGCCGGGGCUGGGGGGCCGGCGGCGGCGGGAGCGGCGGCGGCGCUGAGCACGGCGCGGCCAAGGUGGAGCUGCUGCGGCAGUGCCAGCGGCAGGUGGCCGGCACAUUGGAUGAUGUGGUCGGCCUCGACUCCAUCAAGGACGAGCUUGAGGAGGCAAUCUUCAUGCCCCUGCGGCACCCACACCUGUUCAAGGGCAUCCGCAAGCCGCCGCGCCACUUCCUGCUGCAUGGACCGCCUGGCACCGGCAAGACGCUGCUGGUGGAGAAGAUGGCGGCAGAGGCCGGCUUCACCCUGCUGGCCCUCAGCCCCUCCACCAUCCUGUCCAAGUGGAGCGGCGAGAGCGAGAAGGCCGUCAAGCUGGCGUUUGACGUGGCGCGCGCCAUGGCCCCCGCGGUGGUCUUCCUGGAUGAGGUGGACGCCCUAGGCCGCACCCGGGCGACGUCGGGCGACGACAGAGCGUCCCGCUGCCUGCUGACUGAGCUGCUGCUGCAGAUGAACGGGCUGGGGGCCGACGAGGGCGUGUACGUGUUCGGCGCGACCAACCGAAUCGCGGACUGCGACGCCGCCCUCCUCAGGCGUUUUGACAGGCGCAUCGAGGUCCCAAACCCGGACGCCGCGGCGCGCGCGGUCUUCUUGACCGGCAUGCUGUCGCGCCCCGAGAUCAACUCCCAGCUGUCGCGGCCAGAAAUUGAAUCCCUGGCGGCCGCCACAGAGGGGUUCAGCGGGUCGGACAUGGCCUGCCUCUGCCGCCACGCCGCCAUGGCGCCGGUGCGGGAGCUCCUGGCCGCCGCGCGCGGCGGGGAGCGCAAGCGGCGGCGGCGGCUGGCGGCGGCGGACGACGGCAACGGCGGCGCGGAGGGGCCGGGAGGGGCCGGGAGCGGGGGCGGCGGCGGCGGCGGCGGCGGCGGCGGCGUGGGCAGGGGGAAUGCUGAGCUGGCGUCGGUCCGGAAGCUGGUGGCUGGGGAUUUCGAGGCGGCCCUCAAAACGAUCCGGCCGGCGGCGGGAGACGCUGCAAGGAGGGCUGGCUAA